AUGGCGUCGAAGAGUAGUGAGAGGGGCGCACCCGCUACAAAGGCUGUUUACGGCAACAACGUUAAGAAUGGAGGCGGCACCGGCAAUCGCACCCACCACCCCUACGCUAGGUUCGGCAACAACAACAACAACAACAAUAAAAGCAACAGUAGAAGUAGUAGUAACAACCACCAGCAAACGGAGAGUAACAAUAAUGGGCGCAUGGCAUCAAGUCCAAUGCAGUUGGUGGUACGAAAAAUGCAGGAUGAUGGGGAGGAGGGAAUAAGCUCCCCUCUUGUGAAUGUACAGGCGCGUUAUCGCCUGCAAAGCCCAACGCUUAGUAACAGGGCGGGUGAUGCGCUUCUUUCAGCAUCUCCGCCUUACACGUGGAGUAGUAGUAGUUCGUUUUAUGGUGAUGUGAACCAAAAUUGGUUUGCAACGGGACAAGCGCCCAGCACCCCCAUUCCAGUGAAACAAGACAAUGAUGGUGGGGUUGGCAUGGGCGGUAGAGGAAUGCCACCGUUUUCCGGUAGCUACGCCCCGUCGGGAUUUUCUAUGCCACCUGCUCUUGCGGAUAGUAUGUCCACACCAAUUAAUGAUAAGGUUCUCAGAUCUCCACAUCAAAAAGUGCAUAUUCCACUGCAGCAUUUAGGAUCCCCACCUUCGAUGUUGCGUGGUAAAGAGUUCACCGCCUCCCCCACGUUGCUUUCAAUGACACCGCCAUACCCAAACGAUGUUCAAUCUAUUCAAAUUUCACCGACGGCUAUGAGUGGACAUGGGGGUAUGAGGGGCCAUCCAGUUGUUGCUGAGAGACCACAAGGCCGACAAAGUAAAACUGGCCCAAAUGCCAGCGAUGGGGCCUCCACAAUCACCGGAAGUAGCGCAAGUGCUUUACGGGAAGACUUAUCACUAUGCCCAAAUGACGUUCUUUGCACUCUAAUAAAUGAUCGUAAGCACCAACGGAAAUACGCACACACGUGUCGCCUCUUUCCCUGUUAUCAUGGUCACGUAGUGCGCCAUGGGAAACUGUUUCGCCAUGCCCCUGGACAAAUUGCGCAAUCCGAUGCCCUCACGAGCGUCAAGGGGACACAAAAGGCUUUACCAGCUGAGGCACUCGCGAGUGUAAACUUCAGUUCCAUUAGCCCGAACGCACUCAAUGCUUACCGCAUAGUUGUUACUCAUGGUGACCAGAGCUAUGAAAUAUUUGGCGAUUGGCAGAAUGUUCGUGUACACACGUUCAAGAGGUAUUUGCAUCAGGUGUAUAAAAUACCACCAACCUCGCAGGUGCUGGUGCGUGUGGACGACGGAGUACCACUGGAAGAUGAGCUUGAGUCUGUGGGUCACUACGGCGUGAAGCCAGACACCAUUAUAACACUUAAACGCAAAGAAGAUGAUGCAGCCCCGCGGGUGCCUUUGGACGAAUUGUAA